UUUCACUUUUAAAACAGUUUAUAAAAAUAAUAUUGGAAGAUAACGAAGGGUAAGGAAAAUGCUGAGCAUACACGAAACACACACAACCAGUCUCAAGGUUCUGGAUCAUAACUCUUUGUAGUCAAUUUUCAAGAUGACUAUUAAACUUUAUCCUACUGGCAAGGUGACCGUUGAAGAUUCUUCCUCAGGUCUGAGGCGAGAUUGCAGGCUGAAUAGCGAGGACAUUUACAGAACUUACCUUGUGUGUUCUGUAAAUGUGUGUUCUGAAAAUUAAGUCAUUUUGAACAAAAAAAAUUAUCUUUAGAGUGGGUAAAACACAUAAAAAAAUUAAUCAGUUAUAUGCACUUGGACAUUGAUUUCUUAAUCCAACAAGCAGGCAAGUUUUAGGAGGCUAUUCACCAAGACACUUAAAUCACGUGUUUCUAACACCUUUCAGGGAGCUUCCCUGAUAGCUUAGUUGGUAAUGAAUCUGCCUGCAAGGUGGGAGACCUGGGCUCACAUCCCUGGGUUGGGAAGAUCCCCUGGAGAAGGGAAAGGCUACCCACUCCAGUAUUCUGACCUGGACAAUUUCAUUUAAUGUUGUCUCUUAUAAUGAAUAGACAAAACAACUUACAGUAAUACUAACAGAAUAUACACAAAAUACACAGAAAAGGAAAUAAACUGAUCCCAUAAAGCUUUUCUUUUUUCCCUAAAAGAUGUGUAAUUUCCAUUUUGAAGGCUGAUCACUUUGUCUUAAAUGCUUUGCCUGCAAAAUGAGUAGACCAUUAUGUUGAAGAGAAGGCUUUACUUGUUUAAGUAGUGGGCACAGAACAAAGUCAUGAAAAAAUAAACAGUAAAAAUGGCAUAGUUUUCCAUCUGAUUUUAUUUUUACUUAAAAGUUCUACUUAAAAAGGGUUAGCAUUAUGUGAAGGAAAUAGAUGGUGUUGAAGGGCAUAUUCACAGAGGAAACAAAGCACAAGGUACAUCUUGGUACUCUUUUCCUGUUAAUAAAUAACCAAUAUCAAACUGUGUUAACCUUAAUCUUUCAGUUUUGCCAAGAUUAGAUUGUCCAAACAGCUGGACUUUUCAAAUCAGUCCGGAUCUCUUGGCUUUUCCUCCAAAAUUCAUGUCUACCAUAACAAAAGAGAUUUGUAGGUAUAAAUAUUUCCAAUUUUUUAAGGAUUUAUUUUCUUAAAAAUCAGCAGUAUAUUUUAGGAGUUACUUUAAAGAGAAAGUAAAUGUUGAGUAUAAAUGUACUGAGUAAAAAUCACUACAUGUAAAGUGGUUUUUAAGUCUCUCUACCUCUCCAGAGUCCCAAAGUUUAGAAUUGCAAUCUAGGCUAUUAUUAAAAAAUAAAAGUGAAAACAUUUCCCUGUAUCACCACCCUCUAUUUCUACUUAAGCUUCUACUCUGUCUUUAACCUCGCACAACCUGUGUUACUCUAUAAGGAAAAGAAUGCGAGAGGGAUGUACAAUUUUGUGACUUUCAUUCUCAUAAAUAUCUUUUCAUCAGGUUUUCUAAUGUGAAUGUAAUUUUUAAUUUUCUGUUGUCUAUCCUUCCAUUCAAGAUAUCAAUCUUAGAAAAACACUAAUAUAAAAUUAAAAGGAUAAAAGAGAAAAGGAUGAGGAUCCUAUAAUAUAUUUUAGUUCCUAAAACUUUCCUCAAUAAAGCAAACAUACUGCUGACUGGACCUAGUUCCUGGAUCCAACUAGAUAUGUUAUGUGUUGACUCCAAAUCUCCACACAUUGUUCAUUUUCAAUAGCAAUAAACCAAAAAAAAAAAAAAAAAAAAAGAAAGAAAGAAAACAACUAUCCACAUCUGCUUUCUGGCUAACUGUGUAAAUAUUCUUUUCUAUUUCUGUUUCUUUCAAACAUGAUUAGAUAAUAAAAUUAUUUUUACGUUGGAAAUUUACUUUGGAUCCUGAGGUUGAAUUUAAAAAAAGGAACAUAUUAAAUCUUAAUUAAAAAAAAAAAACUUGACAGUUAAACUCAUAGAAUGCUUAGAGUAACCUUUUCAAGGGCUCAGCUCUGCUUCUGGGAAUUGAAACCACCAGUGCCUCCGUCCCUAUCCACUCCCACAUUCUAACGCAGGAUCACUUGAGGGGAAAUACUUUGAGGGGAAAUAGGUUCGCCUUAUACACUUUUUUUCAAAUAAGUACUUUGUUUGCAUAUUGCUAUUCAAUGUCUUCUGGCACAAAUUCUGUUCAGCACAGAGAAGCUAAUUCAUUGUUAAGUGUUUGGCUUAAAUCCUGUGUUCAUUAUGUAAACUCCUUUUUUUUUUCCACAUAACCCUCCAAGGUUUGAUGAAAAAUAGAUUCCUAAACGUGUUCAACCUGUCAAACAGGAAUAAAAGCUUCCAGUGGAAGCAUAAUGCUCCCUUGAAAUAGGAGUGUUGUAGCUUGUUUGAGUGUAUUUCACUCUUGGACAGAAAUGAGAUCAUGCUUCAUUUCAGGAAGAUACAUGUUUCAGGGGCUCUUUCCAUGGCAUGUGACUUAAUUUCAUACAAGUGUACCUGCCAUUUGUACUAUGUAGAAGGCAAGUCUGUGGAAUGAGCCAUAAGGAAAGAACAUCAUCUUGACUGAGCUGGAAAAACAAUGACAUAGCUUCAUCCGCUUCCUAUGGAAAAGGACCAUAGUAAGUAGGAAAAUUCCUAUCAUCUUUUAUAAUAUCAUUGAAGAGAUAUUUGGAGCUGAGUCAACCCUCUCAGUUACAUAAAAUAAAGAAUGGCAUAUUACUGGAAAACAGGUCUAAAUUCCAGUGAAUCACAUGAAAAGCAACAGGAGCACCAAGAAUUCCCCUCCUUGAAUCAACCUCUUUUUCCUAGCCUAGUCAGUCUGGGUUUUGAUAAUGUAGUAGAGGAGAUCAGUAACAAAAUCCCACUCUGUCAGAGAGAAAUUGAAGAAAAUGCCUUUUUUGUGCCCAGUGCACCACACUGGGACUCAAGAAAAUAUUCAUUAGAUGAGACACACCAAACAUCCUUGAAUGAAUUCACUUUUAAAAGCUCAGAACUCUCCUGUCACCAAGUUAGUGAAACACCAGUAAUUGGUUUUAGUAGGCGUUCUGUGCUACCAAAUCCUCAAAACAUCAAUAAAGGAAGCUCUUGGGGAAAUCCCAUAGGGAAAUACCACGGUGCUGAUGAUUACAGAUUCAAUAAUUUGCCUCUAUCAUCUACCAGUCUGGAUAAAAUUAAUUCACAGAGUCAACUGGAAAAUGAAAGUCGUAACUACCGUAUAGGAUUUGAAAGCAGCGUUCUUCCUAUAUACCCAUUCUUGUCAACUAACUUGAUGCCAAAAGAAGAAAACAAAAGCAGUAGAAAUAUGAACAUUGUAGGUUCUUCUCUACCCAGGACAUGGGAAAGUACACUCCCAAAGAACACUGAGCUGACAGGUUGUUCCAUUCAGCUGGUUGAAGUAGCUCAAGGCAGUAAUAUGAGUUUGGCAUCCUUUUGCAACAAAGUAAAAAAAAUAAGAGAAACAUAUCAUGCUGCUGACAUGGAUUCCAAUUCUGGGAAGAUUUGGAGCACGACUACAGCAUUUCCAUAUAAGCUCUUUUCUAAUACUAAGUUUAAUAUAAAUAUUUUUACUGAUAACUCAACAAGAGGACUUCAUUUUAUCCCAUGUGCUAAUUAUCUUGUCAAAGACCUAAUUGCAGAAAUUCUACAUUUUUGCACGAAUGACCAGUUAUUCCCCAGAGAUCAUCUCUUAAGUAUAUGUGGCCAUGAAGAAUUUUUACAAAAUGAUCACUAUUUGGGAAGCCACAGAGUAUUUCAGAAAAAUAAAUCUGUUAUUCAACUUCAUCUACAGAAAAAGAGAGACACUCCAGGAACAUUAUCUCGAAAGCAUGAAGAUGACCACAGUCAGUUUUAUCUGAACCAACUUCUAGAAUUUAUGCAUAUCUGGAAAGUAUCCAGACAGUGUCUCUCAACAGUAAUCCAAAAAUAUGACUCCCACGUGAAAUACUUAUUGAAAACUCAGCAAAAUGUGGACAAUGUUAUUGAAGAAGUAAAAAAUAUAUGCAGUGUUCUGGGAUGUGUGGAGACCAAACAAAUUACAGAUGCUAUAAAUGAACUAAAUCUUAUUCUUCAGAGAAAACCAAAGAAUCUUCAUCAAAAUUCAGACACUUCAGCAAAAGGUUUGAUAGAGAAAGUGACAACUGAUCUAUCCACAUCCAUCUGUCAGCUAAUUGAUAUCCAUUGCAGCAGCUUCUGUGCAGAUUUCCAGCCUCUACAUGCGCCUCUGUAUAGUGUCUCCUGUGUAAAUCUUGGGCUCCAUUCCCACCUUAGCUUCACAGUGUAUGCAGCUCACAAUAUUCCAGAAACCUGGGUGCACAGCUAUAAAGCAUUUUCUUUCUCCUGUUGGCUUACAUAUGCUGGAAAGAAGCUGUGCCAAGUGAGAAACUGCAGAAAUAUUCCUGUCAAAAAGUUGUUUUUUUUCUUGGUCAACUGGAAUGAAACGAUCAAUUUUCCUCUCGAAAUAAAAUCACUUCCAAGGGAAUCCAUGCUCACUAUAAAAUUGUUUGGGAUUACCUAUGCAACCAAUGCAGAUUUAUUGGCCUGGACUUGUUUUCCACUGUUUCCAAAACACAGAUCCAUUCUCGGGUCUGCGCUAUUCAGCAUGACAUUACAAAGUGAGCCUCCCAUGGAAAUGAUUGCUCCAGGAGUGUGGGAUGUAAGUCAGCCAUCCCCAGUGACCCUGCAGAUUGAUUUUCCAGCAACUGAGUGGGAGUAUAUGAAACCUGAUUCUGAAGAGAAUGAAAAUGAUCUUGAAGAACCACCAAAAGAAUGUUUAAAACAUAUUGCCAGACUGUCACAGAAGCAGACUCCCAUACUCCUCUCUGAGGAAAAGAGAAGAUACUUAUGGUUUUAUCGCUUCUACUGCAACAAUGAAAACUGCUCCCUUCCUUUGGUCUUGGGAAGUGCCCCUGGAUGGGAUGAAAGAACUGUUUCAGAAAUGCAUACCAUUUUAAGAAGAUGGAAAUUCUCUCACCCUUUGGAGGCACUUGGACUUUUGACUUCCAGUUUUCCAGAUCAAGAAAUUCGUAACGUGGCAGUUCAGCAGUUAGACAACCUCUUGAAUGAUGAACUACUGGAAUAUCUCCCACAGCUAGUUCAGGCUGUAAAGUUUGAAUGGAACCUUGAGAGUCCUCUAGUGCAACUUCUGUUACACCGCUCACUACAAAGUAUCCAGAUUGCCCAUCGUCUUUACUGGCUGCUAAAGGAUGCACAGAAUGAAGCUUAUUUUAAAAGCUGGUAUCAGAAGCUAUUGGCUGCACUCCAAUUCUGUGCAGGAAAAGCCUUGAGGGAUGAGUUUUCCAAGGAGCAGAAACUUAUCAAGAUUCUGGGAGACAUUGGGGAAAAAGUCAAGACUGCUAGUGACCCUCAAAGACAGGAGGUCCUGAAGAAGGAACUUGGCAGACUAGAAGAAUUCUUUUGGUGUACAAAGACCUGUCACCUCCCUCUGAACCCUGCCCUAUGCGUACAAGGGAUUGAUGGUGAUGCGUGUUCAUAUUUCACAUCUAAUGCUUUGCCGUUGAAGAUUACCUUCAUUAAUGCCAAUCCAAUGGGCAAAAACAUCAGUGUCAUUUUUAAGGCUGGAGAUGAUCUCCGUCAGGAUAUGCUUGUUCUGCAGAUUAUUCAAGUGAUGGACAAUAUUUGGCUGCAGGAGGGUCUGGAUAUGCAAAUGAUCAUUUAUAGAUGUCUAUCCACGGGAAAAGGCCAAGGGUUGGUGCAGAUGGUGCCUGAUGCUGUAACCCUAGCAAAAAUCCAUCGCUGUUUUGGACCGAUAGGACCCCUGAAAGAAAAUACAAUCAAAAAAUGGUUCAGUCAGCACAACCCUUUAAAGGCAGAUUAUGAAAAGGUCUUAAGGAACUUCUUCUAUUCCUGUGCUGGCUGGUGUGUGGUAACAUUCAUCCUAGGAGUCUGCGACCGACACAACGACAAUAUCAUGCUGACAAAGUCAGGCCACAUGUUUCAUAUUGACUUUGGAAAAUUCCUGGGUCAUGCGCAAACAUUUGGAGGGAUAAAAAGGGACCGAGCCCCUUUUAUUUUUACUUCAGAGAUGGAGUACUUUAUUACAGAGGGUGGGAAAAACCCACAGCAUUUCCAAGAUUUUGUGGAGCUUUGCUGUCGAGCUUAUAAUAUUGUCAGAAGACACAGCCGGCUGCUCUUGAACCUGCUAGAAAUGAUGUUACAUGCAGGAUUGCCCGAGCUAAGCGGAAUCCAAGACCUGAAAUAUGUGUAUAAUAAUCUUCGUCCACAAGAUACAGACCUGGAAGCAACAAGUCAUUUUACCAAGAAAAUAAAGGAAAGUCUGGAGUGCUUCCCUGUGAAAUUGAAUAACUUGAUCCACACACUUGCACAAAUGACAGCCAUAAGCCCUGCCAAAUCGACUUCACAGACAUUUUCCCAGGAAUCCUGUAUGCCAGGUGCAAGCAGGUCAAUCCAAAGAGCAACAGUCUUAGGGUUCAGCAAGAAAACCAGCCAUCUGUAUCUAAUCCAGGUGACUCACAGUAACAACGAAACAAGCCUGACAGAAAAGUCAUUUGACCAGUUUGCAAAACUUCACAGCCAACUUCAAAAGCAGUUUGCAUCACUGACCCUCCCAGAGUUUCCUCAUUGGUGGCACUUACCUUUUACAAAUUCAGAUCACAAAAGGUUCAGAGAUCUAAAUCAUUACGUGGAACAGAUAUUAAAUGGAUCGUAUGAAGUUGCAAACAGCAAUUGUGUACUUAACUUUUUCCUCUCUGAGCCUGUGGACCAAGCAGUGAAAGAAUCAUCAGCUGUGGACCUAGGUGAGAAGUCUGCUGACAAGAAGCCUAAAGUGCAGUUAGUCAUAUCCUACAAAGACACGAAGCUGACCAUACUUGUGAAGCACAUGAAAAACAUCCAUCUCCCAGAUGGCUCCGCGCCCAGCGCACAUGUUGAAUUUUAUCUUUUACCGUAUCCCAGUGAAGCCCGGAGGAGGAAAACAAAAUCUGUUCCAAAAUGUACUGACCCCACUUACAAUGAGAUUGUAGUAUAUGAUGAAGUCACAGAGCUCCAAGGACGUGUCUUAAUGCUUAUUGUAAAGAGCAAAACCACGUUUGUAGGAGCAAUUAACAUCCAACUCUGCAGUGUCACGCUCAAUGAAGAAAAAUGGUAUCUACUAGGUAACAGUAUAAUUUGAGCAUUGCUUUGAACAUACAGAUUCAUUAACUACUCAUAUUUUUUUCAAUUUUGGGCCUCUCUAUCACAAGAUCAGGACAUUUUUUUUAAUCAAAGGUAGUGUGGUAAAUUAAGGACACAGAGAAAAGAAAUCAGAAUCAAUGUUUUUAGUUAUUUAUUCUCUAUGUGUAUUUCACUGUUUUCUUAGAACCAUUUCUCCAAUUGAUUGUGUAAAUUCAAUAUGUAAAAUAAUAAAAGGUUAUUUUAGUGUAUCUUUUAAAUCAAACAUGCGUGCACUUUAUAAUUAUGUGCCUAUAAUUAAAAGCAAUACUUUUAAUGUAGUUUUCAAAAAAAACAAGCAAAUAAAUCUUAUCAUUUCAAGACCUAA